GGCAAGAGAGCACACGCGCAAGGCUUGAGGGAGGAGAUAAUAAAUAGGGGAAGGGAAGAGGGAGAAAGAAAGGGUGAGAGAUGGUAGUGCCACGUGGGACACUACCUGGCGUACAGCCUUGGCAUCAUUCCAAAAUUCCCCCAUUUUUCCCCCUUUGCCUAUGGCGCUCCUCUUCCUCCUUUUCCACCAUCACCUUCACCUUCACCAUCACCAUCACCAUCACCAUCGCCAUCACCAAUCUCUUGUUUCCCCAAUCUCUCUCUCUUUAGAUCAACCCCAUAUUAUCAUUAUUCGUCCUUUGAUCGAAAGCUAGCCUCACCCAAUCAAGCAGAGAGAGAAACCAGAAAUAAAGUUUCAAUCUUUUUUUUUUUUACGAGCCCCAUUUUUCAGGUACUUUUUUUUUCCCCUUUUUUAGCUUUGGAUUUAAUUUAUUUCUGACUAAAGCUGAUUUAGGUUUCUUUUAUUGAAUCCGGGAACUGCUAAAUUUGGACGCUUUGCUGGGUUUUGUUUCAGCUGUUGUUCAUGAAUUUAGCUGAGUGGUAGCUUUUUUGUUUGCUUAGUUGGAUUCAAUUUAGGUUCUUUUCCCUUGGCUUUCUGGGUGUCUGAAAAUUUGGGAGAUUUGAUGAUUUCUGGUACUCUUCUUGAGUUACCGGAUGGAGAAUCAAUCCGUUUCUGGUGUUAAAAUUAGUGAGCUUGUAUAUUGGUUUCCAUUUUGGUUAGAAUUAUGGACACUUUUGAAUUACAUGGUGUGAGUUGAAACCUUCCCAUGUGUAAUAAAGAAAUAGUUGAUCACCAACAGCUGCAUAAUAAUCAAGCUGUGUAUUUGAUGGAUUCACCUUCAUCAACCCCAGCAUCUGCUCCAGCCUCCACCCCUAGUUCCAAUGACGAAACUCCACGUGUAAAAUUCUUGUGUAGCUUCUUAGGUAGCAUUUUGCCUCGACCCCAAGAUGGGAAAUUGAGGUAUGUUGGGGGAGAAACGCGGAUUGUGAGCGUGCCAAGAGAUAUUAGUUAUGAGGAGUUGAUGACUAAGAUGAGGGAGCUUUAUGAUGGAGCAGCGGUGUUAAAGUAUCAGCAGCCUGAUGAGGAUCUUGAUGCUUUAGUGUCUGUUGUGAACGAUGAUGAUGUUAUUAACAUGAUGGAAGAGUAUGAGAAGUUGGAUUCAGGCGAUGGGUUCACUAGGCUUAGGAUUUUUUUGUUUUCGCAUCCUGACCAAGAUGGUUCAUCACACUUUGUUGACGGGGAUGAGAGGGAGACUGAGAGGAGGUAUGUCGAUGCUUUGAAUAGUUUAAAUGAGGGUUCUGAUUUUAGGAAGUGUGACUCUCCUGUGAUGAUUCCAGUAGCCGAUGAUAUUCACUUAGCAGCAGAACAAUUUUUUAAUAGUAUGAGUAUUGAUGGUGGCCUUCAUAGUCAGAGGAGUGGUGAGAUGUCGAUGCCGCCAUAUAACUUACAUCAUCUUACCAUUCCUCACGUGGGGUCUGGGCAACUCCAGCAGCCAGUACCUCAGAGGUACAAUGAAAUGGAAGGUCCAUGGAGUCCUGCUUAUUAUUCUCCUAGGCACCAUGGACACCAUGAUCCAAGAAUGCUAUCAGAGUUUCCACCUUCACCAUCUUCUGCUCGCUACCGUGUACCAUUUCCAGAGUUACCAGACAAAUCCUUGGAUAGAAUGCCUGAAGAAUAUGUGAGGCAGCAAUUAAAUCAUCAUCCCCAAUACGAACACCAGCCACAAUUUUCGGAUAAUGUAGUAUGGAUGCCACCUGGAGCUAUUUCUGGUGAUAAAGCUGGUGGUUUUCCUGGUAACAUACUUCAUGGUCAUGGUGUUUAUGAAGGGAACCACAUCUGCGAGCACUGCAGGGCUACAUUCAGCAGAAAUCAACCACCACAUUUGGAGCAUCCCAACAUGGGAAAUGGAGUUCCCCAGGUUAAUAAUCCAUGUGCUGAAUGCCCCCCAAAUCGGGAGGCUUUCUUGCUGAAUGCAGAUGGAAAAUUGCAUCAUGGGUUUUAUUCCAAAGAUCAAAGUGAUCCCCGUUCUGCUUAUGGUGAAACAAACAGUCAUGAAAGAGGAUGGGUUCUGCAGCACCAACUGAACCCUCGUGUUGAGGAAGCAAGAAAUCAUGUACCUGGAGCUGGAAGAUUGAAUGACCACUAUGUUGUAGAUGGUCCUGGCAUGAGUUUACCUCUUGGGCAUGCUAGUUUAGCUGAUGGCCUUCAUCUGCCCUCAAAUUAUGUUCAUCACAGAGCUGGACCUGAAUUGGGGAAUGAAGUCUUUCAUGAUCAAGCUGUGGCUGCUUCAUCCCACCUGCACAUUCCUCCUGAAGAACGUGGGGUUCGAUAUGGGAAUUAUCCUUACCCAUAUGGAGGAGAUAAUGUUUACCCAGCGCCACAUGGACAUGUACACACACAGUCUUUAAGGAGAAAUGUUCAGAACCCAAUUCAUGGUGCUCCUGCUUAUGAAGCAUCUGUCUUGCCCCAGCAAGUAAAUGGUACAGUUAACUCAGCAUUUGUGAAGGGUCCGGUGGAAGCUACUGCAAGGCUUUGUCUAGGAACAGAUAAUCAAAAUCCUUGGGUUGAGUCGUCACCAAAGAUGCUGGGUUUUGAUGGGACUGCUGUUUCAGACAAUGCUUAUGCUCAUCCUCUCAAGAUGAACGCUGGUCCUCAUGGUCAGGAAACUCGACACUCUGUCACUAUAGAACCAGUUCAAUCCCCACAAGAUAUGCUCAACUUGGCCACUUCUACAGAACCUUUGCAGUUGUCAGAUCAAUCUUCAACUUUAAUUCUUGAUAAAUCUGUUUCUGGUAACAAUCCAACGUCACGAGAUGAUUCUAAUGCCAUUGGAGCAUUGAGGAUUGAGGAGAAAAUUGUUCCAAUAGCAGAUAAAGAAGCAAAUUAUGCUGCAAAGAUUGAAAAGUCUAAUGUUCCCAGUAUGUGCUGUCCAGAGCAAAACAAAAUUACUGAAAAUGAAUCUAAAACACCAUUCCUUGAUGCUAGCAUUUCAAAUUGCUUAAAACUUGCUGAAAAGUGUGGUGACCAGUCAAAAGCUGGUGGAAAAGAUCCUAGUGCUGCUGAAAAUUCAAAGCUAUCUGUAAACCGUCUGAGUUUCAUACCAGAGUUUGUUGCUUCGGUUAAAAGAGCAGCUUUAGAAGAGGUUGAAGAAGUUAAAGCAAAAGCUGAAGAUGGUGACUCCGUGACGCAUGAUGCAGUUGAAAAGGAAGCGGCUGCACAUGAAUCUGAAUCGGUGAAUGCCCAAGGCGAGUUGGAAUUGGAUUCUGAUAAUGACAACAUAGCCUCUUCCAAAAUUGAGCCAACAAAGGCUGAAGCAGAAGCUAUUGCAAGAGGCUUACAGACAAUAAAAAAUGAUGAUCUAGAGGAGAUCCGAGAAUUAGGCUCUGGAACAUAUGGGGCUGUUUAUCAUGGCAAAUGGAAAGGUUCUGAUGUAGCAAUCAAGAGAAUUAAAGCCAGCUGCUUUGCGGGAAGGCCUUCUGAAAGAGAACGUUUGAUUGCGGAUUUCUGGAAAGAAGCUUUAAUAUUGAGUUCAUUACAUCAUCCAAACGUUGUUUCUUUCUAUGGUAUAGUACGUGAUGGCCCUGAUGGAUCCUUAGCUACUGUUACAGAAUUCAUGGUUAAUGGAUCCUUGAAGCAGUUUUUACAGAAGAAGGACAGGACUAUUGAUCGUCGUAAGAGACUCAUCAUAGCAAUGGAUGCUGCAUUUGGAAUGGAGUAUUUGCAUGGAAAGAACAUUGUACAUUUUGAUUUGAAAUGUGAAAAUCUGUUGGUAAAUAUGAGAGAUCCACAGCGUCCGGUGUGCAAGAUUGGCGAUUUGGGCUUGUCAAAGGUCAGACAACAUACAUUAGUGUCAGGAGGUGUUCGUGGAACUCUACCCUGGAUGGCACCUGAGCUUUUGAGUGGUAAAAGUAACAUGGUAACUGAAAAGAUUGAUGUCUACUCUUUUGGGAUUGUUAUGUGGGAGUUAUUGACUGGUGAAGAACCUUAUGCAGAUAUGCAUUGUGCUUCUAUAAUUGGGGGGAUUGUAAACAACACAUUACGUCCAAAAAUACCAUCAUGGUGUGAUCCUGAAUGGAAGGCUUUGAUGGAAAAGAGUUGGGCCUCUGAUCCAGCAGAGAGGCCUUCAUUUUCAGAAAUAUCUCAGAAGCUUAGGAACAUGGCUGCUGCUAUAAAUGUAAAAUAAAUCUAAUCUUGAAGCAAGGAAUUUCACUUUCGCACCAUCAUACUGGGAAAAGCUAAAAUAAGAAACCCAGUUACUGCAGUUUAAGUUCAUCCACUGGUUAGGCUAAUAAUUACACUAUGCCAUGGUACUUCUCAUUGUACUGCCACGAGUUAUUUCAAGAGUGCAAAUAUAUACACUUUGGGCUGAUUAUACUCAGGGAGAUUACAAAAUGCACAAAGGAGAGCCAUGAACGUACAUUUGGGAUGACACUUGCUAUUUUGAAUGCGAUCAAGAUGGUGUUACUACGGGUGAAUGCAUCUGUCAGUUGGAGCUUUGUGGAAUUCAUUUAAAAACAGCAGAGAUUCAGUCUACAACUCUGCAUUGUAUAACUGUGAUGGCAAAUGUAUCUCUGGUUAUAACUUGGUGCUUGUUCGUAGAAGAGAAGAGGGUAUUCAGGCAGCGAAUGCUUAGAAAGAUCAGAGGAUUGUUUGUCUAACACGUUACUUGAUUGGUGAGUGACACUUCUUACUUCCAAGUUAGGUUACUGUUGGCCCACCAAAUAUUGAAGAACGAAAGACGGUAAGACAUACUACUACUUGACAGUAGGUUCUAUGCUUGGAAAAAGGGCCUAUAUGCUUUACCUGCUAAAGUCAAAAGUCACCUACGACAUACAUGAAAUAACCUCCAUUACAGGGUGACAAAUAAUACUAUCUUAUAUCAAGACGUCUACAUUAUUAAUUUGUAACAGCAUAGAAGAUACCCCGCCAAAAAAAAAAAAAAGAAAAAAAAAAGAGCACAAUAUCAAGAGCAAAUCCUGUUUGGUUGAUGUCUGUACCCUGCAUGUCCCACUUUCACUGACCUAGGUUAUAGAAGCACAAUCAAGAGUGAAUAUUCAAACAUUUGAUUGACUUUAGUUCUUUCUCUUGAGGUUCUUAUUUUACGAAAUGAGGCAUUGAUAUGAUAGGUUAGAAGGGUUUUUAAAGCUUUCGCAAAUGAUUAAAGAAAUGAGGUGAAGUAGGAAGCAUGGCAUCACCAACUCUGCAAGCCAAGCUAAACUCCAGAGGGUCAAACAGUGUGACACCAUCAUCCCCAACCCCUUUGGCCCUCUACAAAUCCUGUGUUGCUAUCUUAUUCUCAUGCACCUAACACGCGGGGGAAGACUUUUUGUUUACAAGUCAAAAUUUCCAUGUGCCAUUGACUUGUUGCAUUUAUAUUCCCUGCAACGUACUUGAGGGUUACGGAUAUUACUCUGGAAUGUGAAUAUGAAAUUGCAGAGGAACACCACUCGGCGGAUUCUGGUUUGUUACAUUCGAAUUCUCGGAAAUCCCCCUCUUUUUCUUACCUGUUGAUUUUCAAAAGAUUUAUCCGGGCCAACCAC